CACCGAUUGCCUGACGACCAAGCCUGAGGCCUGCAACCCUGCAGCGGCUAUCCUCUUGCGGCGCGGCCCCUCAUCCCGGCGAGCGCGGCGGCGGUGUGGGCCAUGGAAUAAGGAGGCGGCGGCGUGGGAGGAGGAAGAUGGCGGCCGGCAAGAGUGGCGGUGGAGCUGGGGAGAUUACUUUUCUGGAAGCUUUGGCUAGAUCAGAGUCUAAGAGAGAUGGAGGUUUUAAAAAUAAUUGGAGCUUUGAUCAUGGAGAAGAAAGUGAAGGAGAUACAGAUAAAGAUGGGGCAAAUCUACUCAGUGUAGAUGAAGAUGAGGAUUCUGAACCCUCAAAAGGAAAAAAGUUAAAUCGUCGAUCUGAAAUUGUUGCUACUAGUUCUGGUGAUUUCAUCUUGAAGACAUAUGUAAGACAAAACAAGACUGAAAGCUUUAAAACUUUGAAAGGCAACCCAAUUGGACUUAACAUGUUGAGCAACAAUAAGAAAUUGAGUGAAAAUACACAAAAUGCAUCAUUAUGUUCUGGAACUGUAGUUCAUGGUAGACGUUUUCAUCAUGCUAAUGCACAGAUAUCAGUAGUAAAAACAGCAGCCCAAAGCAGUCUGGACCGAAAGGAAAGGAAAGAAUACCCACCUCAUGUCCAAAAAAUUGAAAUUAAUUCUGUAAGGUUAAAUCGGCCCCAAGGUGUUGAACGUGUAAUGAAGAAGACAGAAGAAUCUGAAACACAACUGGAGCCUGAAAUUAAGAGGAAAGUGCAACAGAAACGUCACUAUAGUUCUUAUCAGUCUACUGCUUCUCUGUCUCCUGCUUCAAAAAAAUGUUUAACCCAGUUAGAGGUUUCUGAACAGCGUGAAUAUUGUCCAAAAUGUGGAAAAGAAAAAGAAAAUCAAACCAAAUGCCAAAGUUGUGGUAUUAAUUUUCCAAAGGAUUUGCAGAGAAAUUGCAGACAAGCUCUAACUUUGAGUGAACCUACUGGACCUUUGUUAAGAACAUCAAUUCAUCAGAAUUCUGGAGGACAGAAAUCACAAAACACAGGAUUAACAAUCAAGAAGUUUUAUGGCAACAGUGUGGGAAAGGUUCCAAUUGAUAUUAUUGUGAAUUGUGAUGGUAGUAGACAGAAUUAUUUACAGACUAAUGGGAAAGUCAUUUUACCUGGGGCAAAAAUAACCAAAAUUACAAACUUGAAAGAAAGGAAAACAAGCGUGUCAGACCUAAAUGAUCCAAUCAUUUUGUCCAGUGAUGAUGAUGACGACAGUGACAGGACUAAUAGAAGAGAGAGCACAUCUCCUCAACCUGCUGAUUCAGCAUGUUCUUCCCCAGCACCAUCCACUGGAAAAGUAGAAGCAGCACUAAAUGAAAAUACCUGCAGAGUAGAGCGUGAACUAAGAAGCAUUCCAACAGAUUUAGAGUUAAACACAGUUACAUUACCAAGAAAAGCCAGAAUGAAAGAUCAGUUUGGUAAUCCUAUUAUCAGCACACCUCUAAAACGUCAUAGAGUGAUUUCUCAAGAAACUUUAGCUGAUCCUAUAUUAAGCUGCCAGAGUUCUUAUGGCAGUGUCAUUCUAAACUGUCGAAGUGUACGAGUAGGAACACUCUUCCAGCUGUUAAAGGAGCCUGUAAUUUUUUGUUUAGAUUUUAUCAAGAUACAGCUAAAAGGAUCUGAAAGGAAUCCUGUAGAGAUUACUUUAAAUACCUCUGAUUUAACUAAAUGUGAAUGGUGUAAUGUCCGAAAAUUACCAGUAGUGUUCCUACAGACAAUACCAGCAGUUUAUCAACAGCUGAGCAUGCAUCUGCAAAUGAAUAAAGAGGAUAAAGUUUGGAAUGAUUGUAAAGGAAUAAAUAAGUUGACAAAUCUGGAAGAACAAUAUAUUAUUUUAAUUUUUCAAACUGGCCUCGAUCCUCAGGCAAAUAUGGUAUUUGAAAGUAUCAUUACUGACAUUGGUAUAAAGAAUAAUGUUUCCAAUUUUUUUGCGAAAAUUCCCUUUGAGGAAGCCAAUAGCAGGCUUGUUGCCUGUACAGGAACCCGUGAAGAGACCAUCAAAGGAAGUUGUGUGCAAAAAGAGAACAAAAUUAAAAAUAUAUCUUUUGAGUCUAAAAUACUACUUCGAAACAAGCAAGAAUUUCAGUUUUUUGAUGAAGAAGAAGAAACUGGAGAAGGCCACACCAUCUUCAUGGGUCCUGUAGAAAAAUUAAUAGUAUAUCCACCACCUCCAGCUAAGGGAGGCAUCUCUGUUACUAAUGAAGAUCUGCACUGUCUAAAUGAAGGAGAAUUUUUAAAUGAUGUUAUUAUAGACUUUUAUUUGAAAUAUUUGGUGCUUGAAAAAUUGAAGAAAGAAGAAGCCGACCGAAUUCAUAUAUUCAGUUCUUUUUUCUACAAACGCCUUAAUCAGAGAGAGAGAAGAAAUCUUCACGAAACAACCAAUCUGUCAAUACAGCAAAAGCGACAUGGGAGAGUGAAAACAUGGACCCGACAUGUAGAUAUUUUUGAGAAGGAUUUUAUUUUUGUACCCCUUAAUGAAGCUGCGCACUGGUUUUUGGCUGUUGUUUGUUUCCCUGGUUUGGAUAAACCAAAGUAUGAGCCUAAUCCUCAUUAUCAUGAACAUACAGUCAUACAAAAAUGUUCAACCGUAGAGGACAGUUGUGUUUCUUCUGCUUCAGUCAACGAAAUGGACAGUUGUGCACAAAACCCUUCUCCCAAGCCUGUAAUUAAGAAGAUGGUAAACAGAAAGCAUUGCAUAGCUGUAACGGAUUCAAGUGCUGGACAAGAAGAAAGUGACCCUCAUUAUCGGAAAAACAUAUGCAGUGUGAAAUGUACUCUGAAAAAAAUAAAUCAUAAUGCAAGUGAAAAUGAUGAAUCAAAUAAAGGAGAAUCUGCUUGCCAGAAAGUUGUUGAUAGGACUAAAAGUGAGAAUGGACUGCAGAAUGAAUAUUUUAGUUCUAUGCACCAUACAGAUGGCUUAAGCAAAAUCAGACUAAACUAUAGUGAUGAAUCAGCUGAAGGUAGUAAAGUGCCUGAAGAUGAGCUCAUUGACUUCUCAGAAGAUCAAGACAACCAGGAUGAUAGCAGUGAUGAUGGAUUCCUUGCUGAUGAUAACAGCAAUUCAGAUUUAGGGCAGUGGCAUUUAAAGCCUACUAUCUGUAAACAACCUUGUAUCCUACUUAUGGACUCACUCAGAGGCCCUUCACGGUCAAAUGUUGUAAAAAUUCUGAGAGAGUAUCUAGAGGUGGAAUGGGAAGUUAAAAAAGGAAGUAAAAGAAGUUUUUCCAAAGAUGUUAUGAAAGGCUCUAAUCCAAAAGUACCACAGCAAAACAACUUCAGUGAUUGUGGUGUGUACAUAUUGCAGUAUGUAGAGAGUUUUUUUGAGAAUCCAGUUCUCAAUUUUGAACUACCUAUGAAUUUGACAAACUGGUUUCCUCCUCCAAGAAUGAGAACAAAAAGAGAGGAAAUCCGAAACAUAAUUUUGAAGCUGCAGGAAGAUCAGAGCAAAGAGAAAAGGAAGCUUAAGGACACUUACUCAACAGAAACAUCUUUAGGUGAAGGCACAGAACAUUAUGUCAACAGUAUCUCAGAUUGACUGUUUUAUGUUGUCAGUUCUGCCUUCAAAAACUGAAUGACUCACCUUUGGCUAUAGACAGUAAAGAACUGAAGUGCUCACUGCUCAGAGUGAUUUGGAAAUGUUAAUGCUUGUAUAAAUGUCAUAUAAUUAAUUCCCAAUGGAGUAUGUAUUAAGUAAAAGUCUGUAAAUAUGUUAAUGAUGCCAAUUUUUCCAGCAUUUAUAAUUAUUUUUUUCACUUGUUAGGAAGCUUUUGUUAUGUAUUUUCUGUUAAUAGUACUUUAAAAGUGCAACUUCUAAAACAAAAUAAAUAAAAAGAAAAUAUUUAUAGGA